AGUGAUGAAAUUUUAAAACAAAAAAAUGGAGCAAGAGAAGGAGAAGAACAAAGGGAGCGAGGAGAGAUGGAGAGGAGCCAUUGCUAACCUGACGGAGAUGUCUUCCAAUUUGGAGUCUCUCCAAAAACUGCUUCUCAAAAAAGCUGUUUUUGUCGAUGAAGAGACCUUCACCAAAGCCUCUCUCAGCUCUGAACAAGCCAGAACCAUCAAAGUUCUGGAGCAAAGAGUAGAGACUCUGGAAAGAGAGCUAGAUGCUGCCAUUACAGCUGCUGCUCAUGCUCGUUCAGAGAAAAGACACGCUGAGGCAGCACAAAAAGCUGCUGAAUUACGUGCACAAGAGAUAACAAGAGAGCUUGAGAAUACCACAAAGGUUUUUGAAUUGCACACAGAAGAGUUGCGUGCAAAGCAAGAAGAAAUCUCAAAGCGUGAUAAUGAAAUUAAGCUCCUGGAAGCUAUAAUUCAGACACUUGGUGGAAGAGAGUCGUUCUCAAGUGGGUAAACAAUUGUCUUGUACUUUGUUGCUAUAUAU